CCUACAGUUCUAGUUGUCCCGCCCUGUACCCCAAGGAACUAGUCGGUCUCGUGUGCUGAGUGGUACAAGCCGGCUAGCAUGGAGCUUUGCUGCAAAAAUUGUUCAUAAUAAUUCAGCAACAACUGAAAUAAGAUAGCGAUAUCGGGUAAUCAGGGACUUGGUGGCUAACAACCACAGGCGCCAAAGUGGGAAAACGGCGGUGGUUUUGGUGCUUGGCUGUGGGGAAGUUCUCUCCUGACCAAAUCCAGUGCCGCUCACACAGAACAUGGCGGAGCACCAUUCCAUCUCAGAGUGCAAGCACAAAGCGUCUUCGAAUGCCGGGGGCUCGCACUCUGGCAAUGGUCGACCGAAUUCCGUGGCUGGAGGUGGUGUCGGAGGCCUCUCUGGUGGACUGACGCAGCCGGCAGGAUGGCAGUCCUUGUUGUCCUUUACCAUACUCUUCCUGGCCUGGUUGGCAGGAUUCAGUUCAAGGCUCUUUGCAGUAAUACGCUUCGAGAGCAUCAUCCACGAGUUUGACCCUUGGUUUAACUACAGAUCCACACAUCACCUCACCUCCAACGGCUUCUAUGAGUUCCUCAACUGGUUUGACGAGCGGGCCUGGUACCCACUAGGCAGAAUAGUUGGGGGCACGGUGAGUAUUGUGCUGGUGUGUCCCCCAGGUCUGAUGGUGACGGCGGGUCUCAUCCACUACGUGUUGAACCUGCUGCACGUGACGGUGCACAUCCGUGACGUGUGCGUGUUCCUGGCGCCCAUCUUCAGCGGCCUGACGUCCAUCUCCACCUUCCUGCUGACGCGUGAGCUAUGGAACCAGGGCGCGGGGCUCCUCGCCGCCUGCUUCAUCGCCAUCGUGCCCGGCUACAUCUCCCGCUCGGUGGCAGGCUCGUUCGACAACGAGGGCAUCGCCAUCUUUGCCCUGCAGUUCACCUACUACCUUUGGGUAAAGUCUGUGAAGACCGGCUCUGUGUUCUGGACCAUAGGCUGCUGUCUGUCCUACUUUUACAUGGUGUCGGCAUGGGGAGGCUAUGUGUUCAUCAUUAACCUCAUCCCCCUGCAUGUGUUUGUUCUGCUGCUCAUGCAGCGAUACAGCAGACGGCUCUACAUCGCCUACAGCACAUUCUACAUCGUGGGCCUGGUGCUGUCCAUGCAGAUCCCCUUUGUGGGCUUCCAGCCAAUCAGGACGAGUGAGCACAUGGCUGCAGCAGGUGUGUUUGCAUUGCUACAGGCCUAUGCCUUCCUGCAGUACCUGAAAGACCGUCUGACCCGGCAGGAGUUCCAGACCCUCUUCUUCCUGGGGGUGUCACUGGCCGCUGGGGCGGUCUUCCUCACCGUCAUCUACCUGACCUAUACAGGUUACAUCGCCCCCUGGAGUGGAAGAUUCUACUCACUCUGGGACACCGGGUACGCCAAAAUCCACAUCCCCAUCAUCGCCUCCGUGUCGGAGCACCAGCCCACCACCUGGGUGUCAUUCUUCUUCGACCUGCACAUCCUGGUGUGCACCUUCCCCGCAGGCCUGUGGUUCUGCAUCAAGAACAUCAACGACGAGCGCGUCUUCGUGGCUCUGUACGCCAUCAGCGCGGUGUACUUUGCGGGGGUGAUGGUGCGCCUGAUGCUCACGCUCACGCCGGUGGUGUGCAUGCUGUCGGCCAUCGCCUUCUCCAGCGUCUUCGAGCACUACCUGGGCGACGACACCAAGCGCGAGAGUCCACCCGCCGAGGACAGCAGCGACGAGGACGACAGGAAGAACUCGGGAAACCUCUACGACAAGGCUGGGAAGGUGCGCAAGCAUGUUUCUGAGCAGGAGAAGGCCGAGGAGGGCCUGGGGCCCAACAUCAAGAGCAUCGUGACCAUGCUGAUGCUGAUGCUGCUCAUGAUGUUCGCCGUCCACUGCACCUGGGUCACCAGCAAUGCCUACUCCAGCCCCAGCGUGGUGCUGGCCUCCUACAACCAUGACGGAUCUCGGAACAUUCUGGAUGACUUCAGGGAGGCCUACUACUGGCUCCGGCAGAACACAGACGAGCACGCCAGAGUGAUGUCCUGGUGGGAUUACGGCUACCAAAUCGCCGGCAUGGCCAAUCGAACAACGUUAGUGGACAACAACACGUGGAACAACAGCCAUAUAGCACUGGUUGGUAAGGCCAUGUCGUCUAAUGAGAGCGCAGCGUACGAGAUCAUGAAGUCGUUGGACGUGGAUUACGUCCUCAUCAUUUUUGGCGGUGUGAUUGGCUACUCUGGCGAUGACAUCAACAAGUUCCUGUGGAUGGUGCGCAUCGCUGAGGGAGAACACCCCAAGGACAUCCGGGAGAGCGACUACUUCACGCCGCAGGGAGAGUUCCGUGUGGACAAGGCCGGAUCCCCCACGCUGCUCAACUGCCUCAUGUAUAAGAUGUCCUACUAUCGCUUUGGAGAGAUGCAGCUGGACUUCCGCACGCCACCAGGCUUUGAUCGCACGCGGAAUGCCGAAAUCGGCAACAAGGACAUCCAUCUGAAGCACCUGGAGGAGGCUUUCACCUCGGAGCACUGGCUGGUGCGCAUCUACCGCGUCAAGAAGCCUGAGAACCGGCAGGGCCUGGACCACAAGCCCCGCAACCUUAGCCAGAAACAGAAGUACAUCUCCAAAAAGACAUCUAAGAAGAAGAGGGGUUACGUGAAGAACAAACUUGUGAUGAAAAGAGGCAAGCGGGCAAACAGAAAGUCAGUUUAACUGACACCAGAAGGGACAGAAAAAGACGCAAAUCUCAAAGGACAACUUAAAAAAAAAAAAAAAGAGACAAUGAAAAUGCAGAAAGCUAAGUAAUCCACCAAUAAUGACGAGAAAAAGACGAGAAGCCGGUUGUCGGGGGAGUUGCCAAGAGGAAGUGUGCAGCGCUAGGCUGCAGUGCUGGGUUGUUAUGACAACAUGGAGCUCUGCGACCUGAAUGCCUCUGUUAUUUUUGUUUGUUUUUGGGUAUUGUUUAUUUUUUUCUUG